AUGUCUGUUGCUACGGAGAUCUCCCUCGACCAUGUACACGCUCUGCUCCUUCGACUGUCCGAGGAGCUGACAGAAUUCAAAGCGAUGCUCCCAGACAGAUUUCAGAGGUUCGUCGGGCAGGCAAUCUCGGACGUGUCCGAUUGUAUGUGCUAUAUCAAGCCCCCAUCCGAAGAGCCAGGACAUUCGGACCCCGCUGCCCAAGAGACGCGCGCCGCCUCCCCCGAUCGCUCAUACGACAUUCUCGAUGGCAUUCCUAUGCCUCAGAGUCGUAUCGACAGUGAGAGGCAGAUAGCACAGGCAGUGGAUCGAUUGCGUCUUUCUCUCACAUUUUCAAACGACGACGAGCCCGAGAAUGACAACAGCACACAUUUUGAAUACCCAAUCAACGUUAACGCUCCUGAUGAGCCUCUGGGUGCGGGAAUACGCACAGAUGGCCAUGAAACGGACCACGGACUGGAGCUCGUCGAAGCGGAAGAUGAAGAUCCUGAACAAGAGAUCGAAGGUUCCGAAGAAGUCUGCGCACGUCAAUGCCUCACUCUCGACGAUUUCGACAGGACCUAUUCGGCUCUAUUGGAUGAGAUUAACCGCGAGGACCCUUCCUUCGUACUCGAUGAACGAGCGCCAGCACGAAACGACGACGACGGCGACGGCAACGGCGACGGCGACGACGGCGACUCCGCCGUAUCUUUGCUUGAUUCCGCUUUCGAAGGUCUAUAUGUAGUGGACUCUGGGCAUGAACCUGUCGCUGGCAGAGACUCCACUUCGGCAUCCAUGACCUCCACGAUACUAGAUUUUGAGACCUGGGAUAGCUUCUCUGCCCUUCUUCGAACUGCUGCCUUCGCGCGACGACAGAAGGUGCCAAGUCCCGAGCGUCCCUUGGUGUCUAUCUUGGAUGCAUUGAUCGCACGGAUUCCUCCCACGGCACCCCUCCUUCUAACCUACCUAUGCGGCCAUCAUCGACGCGUACGCAAAAUCGAAAUCUCUGUUCCAGAGAAAUUUCGUCUGACCAAAAUCGUGUUUCUCGACAACCUUGGCGACUUGGCGGAGAAACUGACGUAUUCUCAUUUUCUGCUCGGAAAGGCCACCACCAAUGUCGACGAGCUCUCCAAGGACGUGCUUGAGCAGGCUUUCGAAGGCAAGCUCGAGGGUGGAGGCGGACAACCUCUGGGAGAUGACGGCCGUGCUACUGUCCACGGCGUUCAGAACUCGAUGAACCACCAAAAGGUAUCUGCCAGAGAAGCAGACAUCGAGCGCCACUUCUUCCGCGGUUCUGGUGAGCUCUUGACGGAAGCCCUCAACAAGGUGCCAGUGCCGGGAGGCUAUUACAUGCGCAACGGCAACAGUGCGUUAAAGCAGGACAUUGAGAGCGACCUCGUCCCUGGCGUUCGUGCUACCACCGACAUCGACGACAUAUACGACGACUCCCCGGAAUCUGGCGUGGAGAUGAAGGGUAAACUCGACGCACUGUUCCUCGUCCAGCUUCUAGGCGGCAUGAACAAGGUCCUCGCUGAACACACGACUGCGCUCGCGGAGCAGCAGAGACGAUGCCCCGGCUACGCCUACAAGUUCUUCUGGCCGUCGGAGGACUUCUACAUGUACAGCGCGCUCCAGAUGGUCGUCCAGGUCUAUACCGCCAUGUUCUACAAAAAGUACCGAAUCAUGGAGCUGUCUAACAGCGACCGUUCGGUCUUUUUCUUCCGCCCGUCCGUGGAGAGCACGACACUCUACAUCUCGCGAAUGUACACCACCCCGAACUACCGGCCAGAUGACACGGAUGCCUCGGAGGGUACGGUGCUGGACUGCAUGACGAACUUGACGCGCUUUGCGAUGCGAUAUGUCGUCGCCUAUCCCGAGUUGCUCGACGAGCUGGCGAAGGCCGUACCUGAGCCCCGGACGAGGCACUGGAGUGCACUCAAAGGGAAAAAGAAGACCACAGAAGCGGGCAUUGACUCCAGGUCUUGGUGGUCGCACGGAGCAAGGUAUUACCCUGAAGACGAGAAAAAGCCAUCGCGACUCACGGCCCGGCAACAAGCGAUGGAGAAAGCAAAGGCAGCCAAGGACGGGGACAAGGGCAAGGGGAAGACGAUGUCGUAGACAUUUGUGCUGGAUCUGGAUUGGACUGGACUGAAUAUGGUUGCGCGUCUGACAUUCAUCAUCACGAUAUUAGGAAGAGUACCACGCAAGGCGCGUUGAUUACAUCUGGAAUGUAUCAUGUUAUGACUCGGUGGCAACGCCAUUUGCUUCCGUCCUAGUAUAAUAACCUCAUCCCAUUCCUGUAUACAUCCUUGAAGUCUUGAUACAAUAUCCCUAUUCCCUCCCUUACAAACUCGACUUAAACCAAAGGUUGCAUCACCGUCAUCACUGGUAGUUGACCGUC